CGGACUCACAGCGAUCGCGGGCUGCGUGUCAGUGCAGUCGACUUACAGCGGGCUGUGAGGAGAACUUGCGCGACCCUUUGUCCUUCAGUACAACUCUUUUCACACGCUCAAACUUUCUUUAAACCUGCGUUAGAGUACUUCUACUCGUUAGGCACUCGAGGAGGACGGGUUAAACUAGUUGUUUUCGCCCUGUUUGAAGUUAAAGGCUGGGCCUUUACUCGCGCUCCUGGCGAGAGAAAAAGAGAAACCGCUCUUUCUGCGAUUAAAAGUCCAUAAAUGCUUUUUACCAAAAUGGACCUGUUGAACUACCAGUACUUGGACAAAAUGAACAACAACAUCGGCAUCCUGUGCUACGAAGGUGAGGCUGCUCUGAGAGGCGAGUCCAGAAUGCAGGCCAUGUCCCUGUCCUCUGCAGUCAGCAAUCACAGGACCGGCCCUCCUCCCAUCAGCCCCAGCAAGAGGAAACACAGCGGGGACCAAGCAGACGACAACAUCGACUGUAACAGCGAGCAUGUGGCCAAGAUGAGCCGGCUGUUUGCCGCACAGUUAGGCAAGCCUGCCAAUGGGGACUACCGCAAGGACCCCCGGGAUCGCAGCCGCAGUCCCAUAGAGCGCAUCGGCGCCUCCCCAAUGAGUCUCGUUGGUGGUCACCUGUAUGCCCACAUGCCCAUCCUGGCCAUGGACCAGCCUCUCGCACUGACCAAAAACAUGGACACCACCCGCACUGUCGCCAUCUCGCCUACUGUCAGCCCCAUUGAGCGCCAGCAGAAUCGUCCCUCUGUGAUCACAUGUGCCCCAGCGAACAACCGUAACUGUAACCUCACCCACUGCACCGUGUCUCACAACGGCUGCUCACCCAACCUGACUUCAAGCUACCGCAGAGCCUCCAACUCUAACACAGCCUGCGACCCUGUUAUCGAGGAGCAUUUCCGCCGCAGCCUGGGAAAGAACUACAAGGAGCCCGAGCCGGUCACAAACUCGGUGUCCAUCACCGGCUCGGUGGACGACCACUUCGCCAAGGCGCUGGGUGAGACGUGGCUGCAGAUCAAGGCCAAGGGCAGCUCCUCCGGAAGCCCAGACUCCUCUCCCAACGGCCACAUGGUCAACCAUAGUCACUCCCCUUCCCUCGUGUCUUGAAAAGAGGACCAGCGAACCCCAGUCUUCUUCCAGCCGCUUCACUCUCAAAGCAACCAUGCAUGUUUUAGCAGAGCUGAUGUAUAGCUAUGUACAUAAGAACGCACGACGAGGAGGUGCUCCUUCAACUUUCAGUUGUGCUUUUUUUCCUUUUGAUUCUUUUUGUUUGUUUGUAAGUAUGCUAGUAUACUUUUGGCUUGGCUGUUGUGUUAUGGGAUGCCCAUACCUUGUUUUUUUUUUUUUUUGGAGAUAAAAAUCAGCCAGACACUAUCGAACCAUCUGCCUCAGAUACCAAAGAAACUGCUGAUGCAAACCUUUCACCCAGAAGCCAUUCUUCCAUGGCACCCAUCGCAUUCUGUCUUUCACACUCUCUCCCGGUUGUGUCCUGAAUCUGUAUGUGUAUACUUGAAGCGGAAGGCCUGGACUGAUUUUGCACUAUGGAUGGAUGGAGGUGGUGUCCGUUUAGCGUUGGAUACACAUGAUUUGGGUGUUUGUUUUGGAGGGUGACACAGGUGGAGCGGUUCACAUCGCUUUCGCAGGAAACCUUGGUUAGGGGAGGGAACCUUUUUCCGGUCGCUUCGGCUCUGGCUUCUCUACGGCGCUGACACAACUGGACUGCGGCAGACGUGGGCAUUCUUCUGGUUUUGGGUUGGUUUUUCCCAGGCACUGUGGUUUUAGUAGAGUAGACGGUUUAAGGGUAAGCUAGUGCUUAUAAGUGCAUGUUUUUAAAAUAGCUGGUAUCUAUUAUUGUGUAGACAUUUCGAUCGUAAUACUUUUAGCCUUUUCUUCAGAUUUUAUUUUAUUUUUGUCAGUAACAGUCCUAGAUAAACUUACUGCUGGUACAGUUGUACUCCAUAUUAUUAUUUUCUAUUCAAUAUUCAUUGUGGUAGCUGCCAGAUACAAGAGAGAAAACCGCCUCCGGACAGGCCAUCUAUAUAUUACCGUUUGGUUUUGUAUGUUAUUAAUCCGUGGUACAGGAUGCUGUCGCUUUGCAUGACUGAAAAAAGAGCAUUCGCAGCUAUGGACAGGUCAACUGCAGCAUUGACAAUCUGCGGAAAACGUCGAGCUAAUUUCGCGUGUGUGUGUGGUUGUCGUUCUUCAUCUCUUAAUUCUGCAUUCAGCUUUCGAAACGGACCCGGUUUUCCAACGGUCCGCCUGUACCGAAACACAACACAUUCCUCCGAUAGGGAACGUCAUGCAGGUCUUGUACUUUCUCCCGUGUUCAGUGUAGCUACUAACUAGAGACUGACAGGAGGCUGCAGAUACAGGAGACGCUUGAGCUCGUCCUUACAUUCCAUCGGCCCUGAAUUCAAACACGACGCGCUCUUCAAAAGUACUCGCCGACUCGGAUUUCACAAUCUGCUCUUUUUGCAUGUAUUUGCCACAAAACCUUGUCGUAUCGUACGCGAGACCUUGAGGAUUUCAUCCUCCGUCACACACACAUUUCAUGACCAGUUUACUGGGUAGGACACUUUCUCACUUUCUGCUUGUGGCACACGUUACCCUACACGCUGUAGAUAAAUCACUUACUUAAAAACAACAAAAAAACGUUUUUAUAUAGGAAACUAUAAGACCAUCAUUACGCUGUGCGUAACGAAUGUACAGAGAAAACAAAUCGUAGGUAUUUUUUGAGGAACAAUUAAUUUGUUGAUAUGUAGCUAUUUAAUUUUUCCCUUGUCCUUUAUUGUAAUCAUGCUUUUUUUUUUUUUCCGAGGAAAAAAGUUGAUCUUUUUUGUUUGUAGGUUUUGUCUGUUUAAGGUUAAAGUGCAGGAACACAGUUAUUCUAUGAAAACACUGCGUUAGUGUAAUAGCCACUUGUGUAUUAUUUCUGAAGGCUACUGAGUCUCGACACACUUCUGAACGGAGGCUUUCGACUGUCUCUGGAGACAAUUGAACAAACGGACUCGAGUCUUGAGUGAGUUACUCCACUCCAGUACCAUCGCUUGGGAUUUGAGCAAGAAGAUUUUCUAUUUGAUGUGUGCUUCCAGGAGAACGACGACAAGAAACCAACCGUUUAAAACUCUUCUCACUGCACCUCGAGUGUACUUCUUCAUUUGUAAAUCUGUAUUAUACCCUCAUUUCAUGGCCUUGUUUCUCCUUGGAAUAAAACAAACUUUUGGCAGGCCAUUGUUUUGUACUUUUAAGUAGCCUCAAUGAACAAUAAAGUGCUCUUAAACCACA